CCAAAUUGUGACACAGGACAGUGCACACUCAUGCUUUGGGCCAUGAGAGACAUUGUCAAAAAGUACAGACCUCAGUCAUUGUCAGAAUCCAAGGGCUUUAUCGAACAAAGAAUUGUUCUUUCUGAACUUCCAAUGAUAUCUUUUGUGAGACUGGGUGAAUGCUCCUUGUCCAAGUCAGAGAUCCUCAAUAAGCUGCUGAGCAAUUCUCAGCAGUACCAUGAUACCUUUGUUCAUCAUGACAUGGAGAGUGGUGACAGUCCAAGAAGAAUAUCCAAUGGACUGGCUGAGAUUACUUGGUACCUUCCAUGUGGGAACAAAAACAUGGAUAUUUUCAGUGAGCCUGUAGCUGUGGCUAACCUUCGUGGGGACAUCGCUUCAUCUGAAACACAAUUUUCUUUUUUGUGUCAGACAUCUGCAGCAGUUUUUGUGUUCUUUGAUAAUUUGGUCUCUGAGUGUGAGCUGCUUACCAACCAACACCACAAGGCACAGAUCUUCUUGGUGGGUAGCCAUCAGAGCAAUCGCUCCAGUUUAGAUGCUCUGAAAAAAGUAGCAAACAAAUUAGGCUUGACUACCAGCAACAUCCUUUUGAAGACUAAGCAGAUGAAUGAUGCAGAUUUUGUAAAAAAGAUGCGGAAAACAGUCAGCGAUGUAGUUGAGAACACAAAGAUGAAGAUGGGAAUUGAGCAGAUGGCUGAUGUUGCCCAUGAGCUGGGAAUCUGGGUUGAUGAAAACUCUUCAGAGUGCCAAACUGCCAAGAAAAAUGCAGAUGCCAUCACUGCAGAAAUUCAAGACAUCCUUAAAUACAAGAAAGCUCAGCUCCCCCUGCAAGGUGAAAUAUGGAAAGAACUGACUCGCUUAGAG